CCCAGCGGAGAGGAGAGGUGGGGAGAUCUCUCCUGCUGACGUUACCCAGGACAGGUCGAUGCUGUCAUGUGCAGGAACCGUAAGGGUUUGGCGGUAGGAUGUCUGAUCUGCAUCUCCAUCGUGUCCGGGAUCGUGGCUCUUAUACUCAGUUUAGUGGGGACGGAGAAUAUAUAUCAGGCGUCACCUAACAAGUACGGCCUGGUGUUUGACGCUGGAUCUUCUCAUACCUCCCUCUACGUGUAUCAGUGGCCGGCGCACAAGGAGAAUGACACCGGGAUUGUUUCUCAGAUCCACGUUUGCGAGGUUCAAGGGUCAGGACUUUCUUCUUAUGCCGAUAAUCCGGCCCAGGCUGGGGAGGUCCUAAAACCCUGUAUGGACGAGGCCCUACGAAUUAUUCCUUCAAAACAGCAUCGGGAGACCAGGACCUUACUGGGAGCUACAGCCGGGAUGAGGCUACUCAAGCUGCAGAACGAGACCAAAACACAGAAAAUCUUCGAUGAAGUUUCCAAAACUCUCGGUCAGUAUCCGGUGAACUUCCAAGGAGCUCGGAUAUUGGAUGGUAAAGAGGAAGGCUCGCUGGGAUGGGUCACCGUCAACUAUCUCCUGGGAACCUUCAUACAGUAUUCUUAUAUACAGAGCUGGACACAUCCCAGACCUCAGAUGUUCGGCGCCAUGGAUCUCGGUGGGGCCCUCCACCCAGAUGACUUUCCACCUUCAGAUAUUGAAGACAAGAACACAGAGAUGAUCUUCAGACUCUACGGCUACGACUCCACCAUCUACACCCAUAGCUACCUCUGCUACGGCCAAGACCAGGCGCUGAAGAGCUGCUGUGUGCACUUUAUUCAGAAUCAGGUUGGAGGUAAAGUCCAGCACCCCUGCUACCCCAAAGGUUACUCCACCACGGUUCUUCUGUCUUCGGUCUACAACAGUCCCUGCGUCUUCUCGUCCCCGGACAAUAUGGAGGCCAAUGUCACCGUGGAGGGGACCGGGAACUCCUCGGAGUGUCAGCGCUCGGUCAGGGAGAUCUUUAACUUUUCAGCCUGCACCAAUACGUCGUGCUCCUUCAAUGGAGUCUACCAGCCGCCGGUGUACGGAGAGUUCUACGCGUUCUCCGCCUUUUACUACACCUUCAACUUCCUCAACCUGACGUGUGGACAGUCCCUGAGCGAGGCCAACACCACCGUCUGGCAAUACUGCUCCAGUAACUGGAAAGAGCUCAGCACCAGUUUCCCUUCAGAGAACCAGCGGCGCCUGGUGGAGUACUGCAGCUCAGCCAUGUAUAUCCUGACGCUGCUCCUGGACGGGUACAAGUUCAAUAGUAUAACAUGGAAGAACAUACAUUUUGCUAAGCAGUGCGUGCCGGGAAGUAUACACAGAGAUAUAUAUAGAAAGCCAUAA